AGGCUUUAGUGGCGUGAUUUUAGUUCCUAUUGCGAGAGGUUGGAUUUUGAUGCUGCGAUCAGUUUUUGUUUCGGUUUUUGAGUGCUGAGAUUGAAGUUUUUUCAGCAAUUUUGGGGAGUUUUUUUCUUCGUGUGCUCCUGAUUGUGGGCCCCGGACUUCAUCAUUGGGGCCCUCUGCAGGAGUUUUUUAAUGUAAUGUGUUGUAGCGAGCGGUUUCUGCGCUUUAGGGUUUUCUCUCUAUCAGAUUUUCCGGGCUGGUUUAGGUGCUUAGCGUGUGUCGUUGCUGUCUGGUUCUAUUGACACGCAGCCUUCACUUUGAUUGGUUACUAUGCAUUGGGUUUGUUCUGGCCAAUGCUUUGGAUGUAUUGGCCUUUGCAAAUUUCCGGAGGCUAUAUCCUCUGAGGAUGUAAAUUGCAGCGAUGCUGGUGUCUGAGCAAUGCACACUGCUGCGGGAGAUUCUGAAGAGUAAUUUUCGUUCAACGUCUUAAAUGGCGGAAGAGCUAGAUGAUGACAGGGAUGAGGAGUGGUUCAAAGAGGUAUAUGGAACAGAGUACACCGCCCCUGCUAGAGCUACAGGUGCUACGAGACGAGCUGUUGAACCAGCUCCGCCUAAAGUCGCUAACAAGCGUGCACCCAAUCCGAGUGAUUCUGAAGAGGAUGAGGAACAGCGAGAUCCUACCGCAGUUCCUACGGACUUCACUAGUCGGGAAGCAAAGGUUUGGGAGGCUAAGGCCAAGGCUGUGGAGAGGAAUUGGAAGCGUAGAAAGGAGGAAGAACUUACUUGCCGUCUUUGUGGCGAGGUUGGGCACUUCGCACAGGGUUGUCCAACGACUCUUGGGGGGAAUCGUAAGCCUGGAGAAAUAGUGGAACGCAUCCCGCUUCGUGAUAAGCGAUUAAAGCCCCGGCUUAUAGGCACCGGCGGUGCUAUCAUACAGGGCAUUGAAAAAGAGACUGGUUGCCGCUUGAAGCUCGAGGAUAAUUUAACUGUUGGGAAUGGGGCCUUUUUUGUGAAGAUUACGGGUCCUGAUAGAGUGGCAGUUAAAAUGGCAAUGACAUCUGUGAAUAAACUCGUAGACCAAGUAGAAGAUGAGUGGAAGCAACAGGCUAGUGCUCGGAAGCCACAGGGAAGAGAUCGAGAAAGGGGAGAUAGAGGAGUUUAUCAAGGUAUGGGUGCGGGUCAUAGCCCUGUAAAUGCCGCUCAAAUGCAGCAUGUUGGAGCUCUAAGACAUCAACAUGAUAAAAGCAGUCUAGGAGGAACUGGUCGCAGGGGAGAUCUGACUACUCCACCAUUGGAUGAAGAGAAGCGCACGAUUGAGCAUAUAGCGUCUCAACUGGAGGCUCGUAGGCAGUGGGAAGCCGUAUCGGGCUCUUCUCCGCAGUCCUUGAAUGGCUCAUAUAAAGAGGGCCGCUCUGCUUCAGGAUUCGGGAGCUUGGCACCACCACUGCCUGGUGAAGUAGAUGUCGGGGGUGCCUACUGCCCAGACAGUGGUGUGUCAUACCCUGGCCAGGCUGAUCAAGCACUAGAGAUGGAGCCGGUGUAUAAUGCACAAAGUCUGGAUGAACUUGAACGUCGAUUCCUGGAAGAGACUAUCGAGCUUACCAAGGAUCAAAACAAGGAAGAAGACAAAGAAAAGUCUCGCCAUCGCGAGAAGCUUCGAGAGAUUCAAGAGCAGUUUCAGCAGAAAAUGACCACACUCCGAGCAAAACAAGCCAGGCAACGUGAAGGUUUUCUGCGGGCCGAAGCCCAAAGGCGAUAUCUUACACCGGUAUUAAAUCACUCACAUUACCAGUACAGAGGUUCAGGGGGCUCAGUGCAACCAGCUCUAUCUUCUGGGAGACCUGCCUCAAAUUAUCUUGAUCCCUUAUCUGCGCGUGCUGUUUCAGCACAUGCUGACCCCUUACCCCAGUAUGAGGGAUCUUAUGAUUCCAGCUAUGAUAAGGGUUACGAACAGAAACCUACCGAGUCUUCGCAGGUUAUUCGAGCAACCUCUUACGAUUCCUACUCUGAGGCUCCGUAUUCAUUAGGACCAACUUCUUCCUACAACAGAAAGCAAGGGUAUGAUAUGCUAGGUAAUGAUAACAGUAAUGAGUACAACAAAUCUCAUGUGUAUGAUACUAAACACUACUCAUAUGAGACUACUGCACAAUAUCCUGCAUAUGGAUGAUGUUCCGAAGAAAGGUGGGACGUUUUUCAAGGGGUACUGAACAGUUGCUAGUCUUGUGAGAGCACUCUUCAUAUGUCCAAGCACCCUCCAUUGAUAUCAGGAAUGAAGGUUCCUUCAGGACAGGUAUGAAACUGCGGCAGUUACUGUUGUAUGAUAUGUCGAAUAUUCUUUGGUAUGAACGUUUCCAUACUGCAUGGAUCCUUCGCA